UACUUGCAGGAUGUGCGGCUUGUGUACAAGACUUAUGCAACUUUGUACUUUGUAUUCAUAUUUGAUAGCUCAGAGAAUGAGCUUGCAAUGCUAGAUCUUAUGCAAGUUUUUGUUGAGGCAUUGGACAAGUGUUUCAGUAAUGUUUGUGAGAUUGACGUCGUAUUCAACUUUAACAAGGUGCAUACUAUUUUGGAUGAAUUCAUUUUGGGCGGUCAAGUUCUCGAGACAAAUUCUUCAGAAGUUGUGAAGACAGUUGAAGAAAUCUCAAAGAUGUAGAGGGCUGCAAAUUCAAUCAUGGGCGGUCCAUCAAUUCCUGGCUGGCAGUGGAGAUAGCAGCUUUAUUGCUCUAGUAACUUCCUUUAUCACAAUCUUAUGUUGACGGGACAAAUGUUGAGACGUUAGAACUUUUCAAUAGCGUGUUGUUGCUGAUUUAUGUAUAUUUUUUUGCAAGAAAAAUAUUAAAAUUAUUUUCUAUAUUGUGUUGUGUGUCAAUGCAGUCAAUAAACUAAUGUAAUUAGCAUCUUUUUCAAAUGAGAUUAUUUUCUGCCUAUAAUCUAAUGUCAGUCCUUUGUUCUCU